AUGUUGAGAAUGACGCCCAAGCCUCGCGUUGGCCUCAAGGUGGCUCUGGUCUUGGCCCUCGCCGCCGCCGCCAAUGCUCACUCCUGGGUUGAGUACGCCUACAAGGUCGCCCCGAACGGCACCAUGAUUGGAGCUGAGGGCUAUGCCCGUGGCUGGAUUGCUCGCACUUCGACCGACCCGCUUUGGCAAGACAAGAUUCCCCAGCUGCUUCUGCCGGUGACCGGCCAGAGUGCCUACUCGGGUGAUGAGAUCCUGAACAAGUACAAGAAGGAGGAGAAUCCUCAGUUCCCUAUGCUGGAAGCCGCUCCGGGCGACCACAUAGCCCUCAUCCACCUGGAGAACGGCCACACGACGCUGCCGCAGAACCAGCCCAAGAAGCCACAGAACCGCGGCACCAUCUUCCUCUACGGCACCAGCCAGCCCAACGAGAACGAGCGCCUCUUUGACGUGCACCUUGUCUGGAACAAGGACGGCACGGGAGGCGACAAGCGCGGCGUUCUGCUGGGAACGCGAAGCUACGACGACGGCAAUUGCUAUCAGCCCAACAAUGGCGCUCUCAGCAUUGAACGAGCCGCCAGACUGGCCCCUGAGGGUGCCGACCACAACACUGAGCUCGGCUGCCAAUCCACCAUCCAGCUGCCCAGCGACCUCAAAGCCGGCUCCAUCUACACAAUCUACUGGUACUGGGACUGGCCCGACCUGGAUGCCACCAACAUCGACUUCCAGGCGACCAAGAAUGGCCUGUACCCCUGGGCCGGCACAUUCAUGCGCGGCGAGAAGGACCCCCACGGCUUCACCAUGGCUGCCAUUUCCAAAAACGAGAGCUACGCCAGCACCAUCGAUAUCAAGAUCACUGGCGGCUCGUCUUCCGCCAAGCACGCCGACAUCAAGGGCGAGUUUAUCGAAAAGCAAAACAUCUACUCUGCGGCCAUCAAGGACCAGAUGGUCGGCAACUUCCAGGUCGACAUUGAUGCCAAUGGAGGAGGCAAAGGCGGUCCUGGCGCAACUCCCGUCACUUCUACUUCAGCUGCUCCUCACGAGGCUCAUACCUCGGCAGCUGCCACCAAAUCAGCUGCCAGGCAAGGCAUCGCCCAGCCAUCAGCCGCUUCAAGUGGCAAUGCUCCCGAGCAGCCGUCAACGGUCUGGAAGACUCUCCACAAGACUGCGUCUGCUGCGUCUCCGCCUGCUUCGAGCCCUGUUGUCGUUGUGACAACUACAAUCCACACCCACGCUGCUGCGGCUUCGCACACGCCUUCGACCACAACCAUCAUCUCGACUACUACCCUAGCGGUGACUUCAACUCGCAUUGGCGAUGCUCAGGUCGCUGCUCCAACUGUUGUUGUGUCUGUUACCAAGCAUGUGCCCGCCGCACGAGUUGGUGAGCCGACGCCGACCACGUUGAACGACCGCCCAACUGUGACGCCGUUCAACCGACGCCGUAACUGGGCUUUUGGCCAGCAUUGA